AUGGUGCUGGGGGACACUGGGCACAUGUGCUGUCACCCUGACGGUGGCAGGAGGCUGGGGCUGUGUACCCCUUGCCUGGGAACCGAGGAGGAUGUUGUGGAUCGAUUAGGGCCGCCACCACUUCUCUGCAGGCCGGCUCGGAGCGGAGCGGGAUGCGGCGCCCUCCCUCCCUCCCUCCUCCCGCCCGCCGGCAGCAUGAGCCCAUCCUUCCUCCUCCUCCUCCUCCUCCUCGCCUUGCCCGCCCGCGCCCGGCGAGAGCAGGUGCCCGGCGGGGCGCAGCGGGGCCGCAACGCCCCCGCGUCUUCCUCCUCCUCCUCCUCUUCCUCCUCCCCGGCGGCGGCGGCGGGGCCGAGCCGCUUCCCGCGGAGCCGCCCGGAUCGGCGGCGGGGCCGGCUGUACUGCCGGGUGGGCAUCGGCUUCCACCUCCAGCUGCACCCCGACGGCCGCGUGGACGGUGCCCACGACGCGAGUCCGCUCAGUAUUUUGGAAAUAUUUGCUGUGUCUCAGGGGAUUGUAGGAAUACGAGGAGUUUUCAGCAACAAAUUUUUAGCGAUGUCAAAAAAAGGAAAACUCCAUGCAAGUGCUCGCUUCACGGUGGACUGCCAUUUCCGGGAGCGCUUCCAGGAGAACAGCUACAACACCUACGCCUCGGCCGUGCACCGCAGCCCCCGCUCGGGCCGCCCGUGGUACGUGGCGCUCAACAAGCGGGGCAAAGCCAAGCGCGGCUGCAGCCCCCGCGCCCGGCCCCAGCACGUCUCCACGCACUUCCUGCCCCGCUUCGGGCAGCCGCAGCCCCCCGAGCUCGCCUUCACCGUGGCCCUGCCCGACAAGAAGCCCCCGCCGCCCAAGGCCAAGCCCGCCCCGGCCCCGCCGCGCAGGAGCCCCGGCCCCGCCAGGUACCGGCUCAAGUUCCGCUUCGGGUAG